UUUAAUGCCUCAGACGGGGACUCAAGCAUGUCGAGAGAGAGCUAGAAAUAUAACCAGAAGUUGAGGGAUUGUUGGACAAGGAAUUGGGGUCUGUGUGUGGGUGUGUAUCCGUCUGUAACUUAAAACCGUAGAGGAUGACUGUUAGCAGUCUGCCAGAUCAGGAUCAGGAUCCAUAGUGACCCAGAUCCGCUGGGCUUCAGCAAACCAAGUACUGCAGUUCUUUAAUAUACGCAGGAUUUCCUGUUUAGGGCGUUCUUGCCCUCCUGUUAAGGGUGCUUUAGAAAUGGACACUCAGCAGUCUAAUAAGGCAACAGAUGACUCCAAAACCAAACAAGAAGAUGUUGAAGCAAAUGCUGCUGUGGAUGCAGAACUGGCCCAUGCCAUAAUGUCUCGGCAUUUCCAGCCAUCUAUCAUUGGCCCUGUGACCUGGGAGGGUUACAUCUUUUCUGAUUUGGAGAUACGAAUAAAAGAAUCCACAGACCUAUAUGGAGCUGUACUCUGGCCAUCGGCUAUGGUGUUGUGUCAUUUCCUAGAGACAAACCAAGACAAAUACAACCUGGCAGACAAAAAUGUGAUUGAACUGGGAGCUGGGACAGGACUUGUUACCAUUGUGUCCAGUCUGUUAGGUGCUAAGGUGACUUCCACUGACCUCCCAGAUGUGUUGGGAAACCUCCGGUACAAUGUAUUGUGCAACACUAAAGGCCGAUGCAAAUAUAUCCCUCUGGUUACUGAGCUUACAUGGGGUCAGGAUGUGGAUCAGCGUUUCCCUCGUGCCACUCACUGUUUUGACUACAUACUAGCAGCAGAUGUGGUCUAUGCCCACCCUUACCUGAAUGAGCUGAUGGAUACCUUUGACUACUUGUGCCAGGAAAACACUAAGAUACUUUGGGCAAUGCGUUUCCGACUGGAUCCAGAGAACAGCUUUGUAGAUAGCUUCCAGCAACAUUUCCACCUGGAGGAACUGUAUGACCUUCCCAGCCUGAACAUUAAACUGUACCAGGCCUGGAGGAAAGAUGAGAGGACCAAAGACCACAGAGAGGCUGCAGCUCAUACUACCUAACAAGCAGAGCGCUGGAUAUUUAUCAUAUUUAUGUGAGUGUUAAAUUGAGUUCAAGCGCUGCAUCAGUCAGAAGCAAUGCUUCAUAACAUUUUUGACUGAAGCAUUACAUAUCAGUCAGCUGAUUGGUCCGGCUCAAACUACUGUUUACAACUCUGCAUCAUCUGCACCACAUUAAGCCGAGAACAUCACAGCUCAAACAGACAGUGGUGCAGUGUUUUCAAUGAAAGGUUGUGGAAUUUAUUUCAGUAAAUCUAAUAAAUAAUUAUCAAUACCUCUUUAUGAUUUAACUCUGCAGUAGAUAAUAUUGGUCUACAUAUAUAUUUAUUUAUGAUAUGUUCAUUUAUACCUGUUAAAGUUUUUCUUUGUAUUUUUGUUUUUCUUCCUUCUUACCAACAUAAGUCCCUCAAACCCAGUACCAUUCAAACCUUGGUCCUGUUGUUGUAUUCACUCUACUGACUGUGUGAGAAAUAAAGAUCUGAAUUUGUAAAAUAAAAUUAUAAUAAUAAAUUUGAUUUUAUAGACUGUGUAGUAACUCCUAUACUGAUUAGGAUUAGAUGUAGAUGAUUUAUUAGGGAAAGAUG